GUAGAAGCCCCGCGUCAAGGUCCUCCCUACCUAUCUCUCUGUUCCUCCGCCUCGCGAACACACAGGCACAUGCACACACAGCCAGUAGUCGCUGCACAGAUGGGGCGAGGCGGGGUGGGCUAUCGCACUGCGGCUGUCUUGUGUGGUGUUUGUGUUGUAUGUGUGUGUGUAUGUAUCUGUGUGUAUCUGUGUGUAUCUGUGUGUAUCUGUGUGUAUCUGUGUGUGUGUGUGUAUGCCACAAUCAGUGAUGGGUCUUUCUUUCUGUUGGUGUUGCCGUGUGUGUGGUGUGGUGUUGUGGUUGGUGGGUCCGUCGGUGGAUCCAACUACGUUCUAUCUGCUCUGCUCUGCUCAGUCGUCGGAUGCCUCGAUCUCACGCUCGUAGCGCUGCUGGUCCUCCUCAGCCUGAACACACCACAACACACCACAACACACCACACAACACACACAUCCAUGUCUGCGGUGACGUGCCGUCCAUGUAUGUGUUUGCAUGUUUGUGUGAGAUGCAUCCGUGCCAUAUCGACGUAGGGCUUCUUGUCCUCAUCCUCCAUCUCACGCCACUCCUUGCCUGCACACACCACACACCACACCACACACACACACACACACCAUGUCCGUAUGGCGCCUCCCCAAAUGCAUCCGGCCCAUCCAUCGCAUUACCCAUUUUCUUGUCGAUGAGGUUGGCCUUGAUACCCAUCUCCUUCAACUCCUCACGACGACCCGCAGCAUAGUGGGAGUCUGCACACCACACCCAUGUGCCGCGCCGCCCCACACAUCAGGGAAUGCACCAGGAAAUUCACCGGCCACACACGUCGUAUGGAUGGAUGGACCGAUGCCCCACCGGUGUGGUGUGCUUACAUGCGUUUUUGGGCUUCUUGGGGUGGUCCUUCUUGACACCCCCGCCUCGCUCUUCACCUGUUGAGCGGCUGCGCCCUUUGCCACCUGUCCACCGUCGCUCAUCAAAGCCCUUCGCGAAGGGCUUGCCUGGCGUUCUCUUCUGCCUCGGCAUAAUGACCGCACUUACACU